AUGCCCGAUUUGGGCGGCGGCGGCGGCUGCAGGUCCACCCGCGCCUGCACCAGGGCCGGGCACAACCUGGGCAGCUGCUGCAACCCCGGCCUGGGCCCCUCCCGCGCCUGCGCCCACGCCAGGGCCAGCCUGGGCGGCCAGUGCGGCGGCAGGGCGGCCCCAGGCGGCUACGGCGCGGCUCCAGGCAGCGGCUCCAUGCUGCGGCGGUGGAGCAGAGGAGGGGAGGACGGCGGCUGCUCCAGCAGCGGAUCCGGCGGUGGAGGCCUCGGGGGCGGCGGAUCCGGCGGCCCCCAGGCCCCUGCCGGCGGCGGCGGCCCUGCCCUGCUCGGGAUCGAGCAGGGCCAGGGAGGCGGCGAGCCGGGCUGGUGUGGGUAUCGGUAUGGCCGGACAGCUACUGGUACUGUUUGUGGAAGCAGGUGA